UCAAGAAGUUGAUGCCAUCUUCCAUUUUUGCAAUUGAUGUUGUAAGAAGUUGGCGUAAUCUUCCAUGCUUACAAUUGAUGUUGGAUCAAUUUAAAUGAAGAUACAAUUGGUGAACAUAACUACUCUAUAAGUCUCCGCGAAGAUGGUGAGAGUCAGUGUUUUGAAUGAUGCUCUCAAGAGCAUGUACAAUGCUGAGAAGCGUGGGAAAAGGCAAGUCAAAAUCAGACCAUCUUCCAAAGUGAUCAUCAAGUUCCUUCUGGUCAUGCAGAAGCAUGGCUAUAUCGGCGAGUUCGAGUAUGUCGACGAUCAUAGAUCAGGUAAGAUUGUGGUGGAAUUGAAUGGGCGUUUGAACAAAUGUGGUGUCAUUAGCCCAAGGUUUGAUGUUGGUGUGAAGGAUAUUGAGCCAUGGACUGCAAGAUUGCUUCCUUCACGUCAGUUUGGGUAUAUUGUGCUGACAACAUCAGCAGGCAUCAUGGAUCAUGAGGAAGCUAGGAGGAAGAAUGUAGGAGGCAAAGUUCUUGGAUUCUUUUACUAGUCAAAAGUUUUGGAAUUGGUGUUUUCUGUCUUGUUAUCUUGCAAUGAUUGUCGGAGACAUUCUUAAGAGCAUUUACCUAUGUUUGCCUGGAUUUGUUUUGUAGUUUUUAAAAGCUAUCUUGGACCUUUUAUCUUUACUGUUUGCUAUUUUUUUUCCUAAGAAUAUUCUCAAAUAUUAUUGUUUUUUA